AUGGCUAUACGUCGGAAACAAGCGCGCGGUCGUCCUGUGAAAGAUCCGUCGCCCGAGUCACCGCCGCCGAGGAGGGCCAAAACGAUCGCCAACGCGAACAUCGCUGCUCAAUUCAUGGUCGAUAUAGAUGAACCCAGCGCAAAAAUGCUGAAGCUAGACCUAAAUGAUUCAUCAAGUAAGGACGGAUAUGACUCCGGAACGAUGGUGAAAGCAGAGACUGAUCCAACAAGCUCUGGGCAAAUUUCGGACUCUUGUGCCAUAUGCUUGGGGACAAGAGUGGAUCCUACCAAACUCGACAAUUGCAUUCAUUCGUUCUGCUUUACAUGUACUUCACAGUGGUUCAAAUAUUCUGAGAAAUGUCCUCUUUGUAUGGUGCCAACCAAGACAUUUAUGCACAAAUUGAAAUCAGGAGAUGGUGAAGAGAAGAUAUUGGUUAGCGAAUUACACACUGCUGCUGAGGCAGCCAGACUUGCCGAACGUGGACAAUCACAACCGCCGCUUGACGAACACGAAUGCAUUCGAUUGAGAAUUCGUCGCCUGCAAAGAAGAUUGUCAACACUCCAGAAUGAGAUGAGUAAAAAUACUCGCGAUGAAAGAAAAUUAGAAUUCCAAAUGGCAAAUUCUCGCCUUGUAAGUGAAAUAAGCCGGCUUGAAAUGCUGAGACGCGAUGCCACUACGAGAGUUGAUCUUGUGAGCGAUGUCGUUUUUCGUUCAUUGAUCUAUAAAGAUAAUCUCGAAUGGAGCUCUAUUGAUCGAAAUGCGAAUAGAGUUGCUUUUUCACCGGCUGUGUUCCGAGCGAAUGUUACGGAAUCGACGAACCGAAUUCGUACGUUUCUGGAUCGAGAAAUACCUAUAGUUUGGCGAAAUAGAAAGCCGAGGGAGUCUCGAGAACAAUACUUCAAACAUCGUGAUGUGGUUGUAUCAGACAUCGUUUCGUGGUGUGGGCAGUAUCAAAUCAACUCACCUCAGUUCUCUCGGAAUCUUCGCACUGCUGGUAUUUAUCCGAAUUAUUUGCAAAGGUUCCAAUCCGAGCUGUUUGAAUUCGCUAGCAGCAUGUUAACACUGAGGAAUUUUGAUAGUACUAGCACGUACAGUUCGCCGGAGGUGAGACGGGUACUUGAGCGAAGAAAUCGUCGAGGCGAAAACCCUGACGAAGUUGUCACAGUCAGCGACAGCGACGAUUCCGACACCGCAGUAAUUCCUUUGGAUGAUGUACAAACUCGCUCGGGGCGUCAUAGAAGUAGACGUGAUGAUGACGUCAUUGUUCUUAGCGACGACAACCUUUCUGACAGAGAUGCUCUUCUGGACGAAGCAGCUUCUUCUAAUUCCGAAGCAUCUAAUGCUGGUGACUUCUACACACGACCCGCCUGUCGCCUUCCACGGUCUCAGAUACCUGCUUCAAGAGAUCCUCUUCAAGUAAUCGAUGCCUUUGGUGUGUUGCGAGAGAUCUAUGCAGGUUUCCCGGAGUCACGCUUUUCAUCCAUUCCUUUAGAUUCCAUGGCAAAUAACCUGCCCUUUAUAUUCUCUCACCUGGGCAAUCAAAGCCGUCAGUAUUCUAGAAAUUCUCGGUCAAGGAGCCCCAUAGAGGAUGUGAAUGAUACAAUAGUUCUAUCUAGCGAAGAUGAAAGCAACAAUACGAUGUUGGGAUCUAGACGUCAAACGAGGAGUAUGGUUCGUCGUAAAGGUAGUGGAAAUAACGUUCCAUCCUCUUCGCAAGACGCUCCUGCAGCGAAUUCACUUGGAUGGUUGAAUCCUUCUAACCCGAAGAGUGGAUCAGCGUCUUCCGAGGAGACUGCUCAUUCUUCACCGCAGUAUCCAUCAAAACGAGCUAUAUCCUCAUAUGAACCAUCUUCAUCAUCACAGACGCCAAUAUACAAUUCUCUUCUGUCACGGUACCCACCAGUAACACCACAGUCUAGUCCGAGAUUGUCGGAAAACUUGCCAUCUACUUCGAAAGCGGAGCACUCUCCUGGCGGUAACGAUGCAAAAUCUCAGGAUCCAACAACCGAGCAGAAACCUCGGAAGUCACUGUUCCAACCAUCGGCGAAGAAAGUCAUGCCUGGAGCAAAAACGGAAAUAAGAGAUGAGAACAAGUUAUUGGCAAAGCUGUUCCAUGAACGGCAACUUCGAAAUGCACAAAUGAACCAUCAGAAUCCUCAGAACACGACAGAAGAUCAAAUGGACACGUCGGGAACGGUUGACACUACUGCUCAAGAUUCAGGAACAAUCGGAAAUGGGAGCGUUGCUGUUGUGCCAGAGAGACAAUUGGAUAGUGAAGCUGCUCCACACGUAUCGACGGAUUUGGAAGUGGUUGAGGUGCCAUCACAAUCCUUGGACGUCAGUGGAAAUAUUUCGGCUGGUCACCGAACAAGACGUCAUAGCGAUGAACCGCGCUCGAAAAGGCAUAAGGAGACGUCCUGGAGAUCAUUAUUCAAAAAAUUCCGGAGGAAAAUGAAACAUGAGAAAAACGCAAGAAAAAGGGAAAGGCUUUACGAGUUCAUCGUGGAUAUGAAGAGAGAAUUGGAAAAAGAUCGAAGCUAUCGAAAAAAAGAUGGAGAUUAUGAACGAAACGGAGAACACCGUCGUUAUUCGUCGUCAAGUAGGAGCAAUUCACCUCAAUCAGAACGGCGAGAUCGUAAUCGGCAGAGGGAAAACUCGCCUUUAUCAACCUACAGAGAUGACCGGGGAAGAGGACAACGUCGGAGACGUUCGUCUUCAGAUUCGGAAACAUCCCAAACGCGUCGCAGUGGUGCAGAUGGAGACGUGGCGAAGUACGGGAGGAGGAGGUCACGUUCAUAUUCUCUUGCAAGUAGUGCUUCCAGUAAACGUUGUCACUAUGAGGCAACAGACCGGAAUAGUCGAGAUGACGAUCGUGCUGAGCAUUCAAGAAGUUCACAGAGGAAUUCUUCUUCUUUUCGCUUAGAGAGGUCACGUUGGGCGCACUGA